AUGAGCAAUAAAAAAAGAGGAAAAAAUUUAGUGUAUGACUAUGAAGAUGAUUUUGAGGACUACGAUAAUUAUGAUGAAGAACAUUACAAUGAAUUUUCAUGUGAAGAAAAAUGUAACGUCGUUAGAACAAAAAAGAAUGUAACAAUUAAAAAGGUAGAAAAAAAGGAAAAAGUAAAUCUCAAAAAAGAACAAGUUAAGAUAACUUUAAAAAAAAGUGAAGACAAAAAAUAUAUUAUGCUAAACACCAUAAAUAUUCUGGUAUUAGGGCAUAUUGAUGCAGGAAAAUCAACACUAAUAGGUGCGUUGUUAUAUAAUUUAAAUUAUGUUCUUGAACAAACAAUAAAAAAAUAUGAAAACGUGCGGGAGAGCGCGAAAUUUACGUACAUAUUAGAUGAAGAAGAAGAUGAAAGAGAAAGAAAUAUAACCCUUUUUAAUAAAAAAAAAGAAUUCUUUAUAUAUUACACUAAAGAUGAUAUAAUACAUGCUUACCACCUUUUACUAAAUAAGGAAAACAAAGGUGAAAAUUGGAGCAACGCGAACGAGAAAAAUAGUAACAAAAAAGUUAACAAAAAUGAAAAUAUAGAGGAAAAUGAAUAUAUUUAUAUGGAUAAGCAAAUAUUUGAAGAUUUUUAUAAAAGAAAAAUUAUUCAUAAUGACAUUGUAUGUUUUAGAAAAAUUAAUAUUUUUGAUACACCAGGACAUAACGAAUUAAUACAUAAUUUACACAGUUGUAGUUUUUUUGCCGACUGCGCGAUUUUAGUAGUUGACGCAAAUAAUAUUUAUAAUAAAAAAAAUGAUGAGACGUAUAGAAAUGUUUCUAUACUCAAAUCAGUGGGAAUCUCAAAUGUUAUUGUCGCAAUUAAUAAAAUAGAUUUAUUUGACUAUAAUGUAAAUGUUUUUGAAGAUAUAUGCACAACUAUACUGUCCUUUUUCGAAUGCAAAAAAAAUGACAGCAUCUAUGAAUUCGUUCUUGACAACAACUUUUAUAUGCAUAAGGAAUAUUCCGCAGGGUUGACAAGUAAAAGGAGCAGCAGACGUAGUAGUAGCAACGCCAAAAGCGGCUACAACAACGCAUGCGAUUUAGUUACGAAAAAUAUAAUAUUCACUCCUCUUUCAGCAUACAAUAACAAAAAUAUAGUAAAAUUUGAAAAAGGAGAUAUACCUUUGUUCAACCAUAAUUUUAGCUUAUAUGAUGAAAUUAAAUACAUUAAUUUAAAAAAAGAUCUAUUUAUUUUCAAGUUAUGUGAGGAACUUUUAUAUAACAAAAAAAAUGUUUUAACCUCUUACUAUAAUUUUAUUAUUAAUAAUAACUUGUUUUCAAAUAACACUUUUUAUAAUUCUGGUAAUGAGGGUGGUGGUGGCAUGUUAACAUCAAUUGAGAAAUCCUUAACUGAAAAUUAUAACAAUGCUUUUGUUGGAGUUAUUCACGAUUUUACAGAAUCAAAUAAUAUGAUAAACGCAAGUAUUAAAGUAUUAGGUGGGUUUUUAAAAACCAAAAAUAAUUAUACUAUACUACCGUUUAAGGAAAAAAUUACUAUAAAAAAAAUUGAAAAAAAUAUGUGCUUUUAUAAAUAUAUAAAUAUAGAUAAUUUAUGUGACUUCUUAGCACAUGCAAAAGAUCUUAACUUGACUGAAAAACUCUUAUUAGAAUUAUCUAAUUCUGUUUUGUCAGCUAACGAAAUAGAAAAGAAAAAUGUUAACGCGCAUGACAAUAAGAACUGCACAAAUUUAGAACCUGAACAUAAUUUAAAGCAAAAUGAUUUAACUGAUUUAAAAAACUUUAUUAAUAUUUUACCCGAGCUUGUAAAAAAUUGUUCGCAUAAUGAAAAUAUGAAUAAUAUAACCAAUGACAUUAUAGAUAACGUUUUUCUUAAAAUUCAUGAUAACAAAAUAAACUACGGUUGCGUUGUAGUAAAUACUACAACAAAUAAUAAUGAAAACUAUUCUUCAUGUAUUAUGAAUACUAUUUUUACUUGCAACAAAAUGAAAGCAUUAAUAAAAAUGAAUGAUAUACGUAUUCCACUAAUAAUAGGACGACAAUAUCUCCUGUACUCUUUAACUUUUUCACAUAGUAUAACAAUUAGAAAUGUUUAUUAUGUUUAUAAAAAUAAAAAUUCCUCAAUAAAUUCUGAAGAUACACAAAAUAAUAAUUUAGUUUUUGACUGUGAUAACAAAUGCUUAGCAGAUAUUUGUAACACGAAAAAUUAUGUUAAAAAAAAUAAUACAUUUUACGAACGGAUUGAAAAUAAAAAGUGCCUACGUAGCCAUGAUACAGGUAUUAUCGAAAUAGAAGUUAACAGUAACAGUGAUAAUAAUAAUAGUAAUAACAAAAAUAAUAACUGUUUGAUGUCCACACAAUUCUUCAGAACUGAAUUAAAUUAUUUUAUUUCUUUUGAUAAUAAUCCUUUUUUCAAUAUUUAUGAUUUCCUCUCUUUUAGCAUUUCUCCCUUAUCUCGUUUCAUUUUAUCUGAAGAAAAUAAAAUUGUUGCUAGUGGUUUAAUAUUAAAUCCGGACUGA